CCAUCGAUUGCCUGCUUCAAGCAGGCAAAACGCGAAACCAACAAACUCUCUCCCCCCAUGUGUGUGUGGGUGUGUGGGUGUAGUCAACACGUGUGCACUCAUCGAUAGCGGAGUCGCCUGCGGCGCCUCGGCCUCUCCCCGUCUCCAUCUUGCUCUUGAUCUCCAUUGGUGUUCAUGGUGUAGGCCACCGGUGGUUCCGGCUCGUCCGCCACAUGAUGGAUCUGCACACACACACACAGAGAAAGACACACACACACGCAAAACAGAGCAACAGAGAGCAGAGCGUGAGGAAGAGAUGGGAGGUGGGUGGAGUGAAAUUUGUAUGUAUGGGAUUGGAAUGGAAUGUGUGUUUGGCCAGAGAGAACCAACGGCUGUUCAGAGCACGAGUACACACAUACAAGAGAAUGGUGGGUCCAACAACCGUACGUAUGUCACAAAACGCACAUCCAUCCCGCCCGUUGAUUGACAAAACGACUCACUUUGUUUUUGCAUCCCUUGCAAUCCAUGGACCCACGCCUACCUACACACAGCUAAAUGCACGCGGGGAGUCAGUCAGCGACACAAAACCCCACGGGGGUGGAUGCCCUUGCCCUUCACCGUGCAGAAAGGCUCCAUCUAAGAUGAGAGUGAGUAUGGACAUACGCACGCACAAGUACUUAUGUAUGCGGCUCUUGGAGCCGCUUGGGUGCACGGCACGGGAUACACCAGACGGCCUCCCAACGGGAGAAGGGUUCUCUCCGCCACGCCAACACGCACACGUCUAAUUCCCGUACACAACCAUUCUUCAUGGGAGCAACAACACAACCGGUCGGCUGGUUGGCCCAUGAGUGAAUGGUCCGACUAAAAACGCAUUCGUAUACAGGUAGGUAGGCCCUGUCUUUCUCUCCGUCCAUUGAUUGAUAAACAAUCUCUCUCUUGUCUGACUUUGUCACUCACUCCCCAACUCACUGUUAUCAUAAAGCAGCGCACGAGCCACGCAUGAGGAGAGCAGCCACAACCCACGCACACAGAAACGACCACCCCAACGGACCGAGUGCCCCCCUACUGGCCCCUGAUGGUACUGACGGGAUGGACGGGAUGUGGGUGUGGGCUGAUGGGAUGUGUGUGUCGCCUGUCUGAGGGAGUGUGCCUCUCUGCGCGCACUGGCUGCCGUCAACGCAUCUCACCAGCAGGAUUUCUCCGCUCUUGUCAGAUGACAUGUACAGCCGCCCCUACACACAACCACACCACACAAUAUCAUGGCCAGUCCAUCUGUGUGCGCAUUGCGUUGGCUGCUUACGUGUUUGUCGAAGACGACAUCGACAGGCCUCAUGUCGGUGGGCCAUUCGGCGCCCCGAGUGUCGGCCCCUUCCCUCCUGAAGAACUCCUUGAUGUCGCCACGCGGCAUCCCGUCCACACGCAUCGGUAUAUGGAUGAUCUACACCCACACCACACCACAGCAAUACAGCCCCCCGAAAUGGUGGCCCUCUCCCUGGCUCUGUCUCACAGAGAAUCCGACGGCCACAGGUCGGUUCCAGCUGCCGUGUAGAGCAACGAAGAUGUCCCCAUACAUGGAGCACGGGAAGGCCGUCUGGUCCAGUGGGUACCUCAGACCGCCGUCAGCUGUCCCAUCGCCAUCGCCAUCGCCAGUGGUGUUCCUGAUGGUGCCUGUAUCGCUGUAGACGGGGUUGGCGUAGUGGAUGGAGCCGUCGAGCGCUGCGCAGGGGGUGGAUGGGUACCGCUCGCCGAAGAACUCCAGGCCGAGUGGUGCUGUGUGCGCCUGCAUGAGAAGACGGGGCCUCACGUUAUUGCCGGGGUCGCGGCACCACUCGUCGGAAUACUCAUCCGAGAACGAUGGAUGCACCCUGCAAUAUAUCGCAUCCAUGACAUGACAUGACAGGAGACAUGUAUGGGAUCUGUUGUCAAGGGUGUAGUGUGCAUGCGUGCUUUCGUGGGUUGCAUUGCAAUGGCCCAGCAUACCAUUGUGUGCCUUCGCCCCUUCCUGUGUCAAGGUUCCCUUCGGACCAGCACUGGGGGUAUCCGUAGAAGCUGAUCAGUCAGUCACAUCACACAGGCAGACAGAAGCACCCUUGACGGACAUAUCAUUCAUUUCCACAUGAGAGUGCGUGAGGGUAUAUCGGGUGUGCUGUGCUGUGCUGACCUUCCUGCCUUCUCCUCAGGAAAGUCAUUCAGCUCCUCACCAGGAUUGUCUGCCCACACACGCACAGCAGGCACCACGGACAGGCAUCGCAUCCAUGGACUUCCCUGCCUCUCUCUCUCUCUCUCUCUCUCUCUAGCCCACCUUCAUGUAUGUCGCCUCCCAGGUCUUCCACGAACAGGUUGUCCAUCCCAUUGUUGACCCCCCACAUCUUGCCAUCCAAGUCCCACGCGAUCCCCACCGUGUUCCGCAGCCCGUCGGCAAAGACAUACCCAUCCGCAAAGUCCAUCCCUCCCUCUGGCUCAACGGUCUCCCGCAUCAUGUCCUCCGCACUAAACCGCCUUAUGCGAGCUCUGUAGGAGGACCUGUCGAGGUUGCCGCGAGAGCCGAUCGACACGUAGAGGGUGUUGUCGCGGUCGUCACACAGCAGAGUACGCGUGUGGUGUCCCCUCGGCGCCCCGCCCGAGCCGUCGGCGUUGACAUUGGUGAUGACGACCUGCCUCCGGUCGUCAUCGAGAGGCUCGCGCUGGCCAGCAGUGUACGGCCACCUGUACACCUGCGGGACUCACAGCACAGCAGCGUGUUAGUCACUGCACUGCCGUCCUUUUGUCUGUCUCUUUGGCGUGUGGGUCAGUCACCUCACCUGGCUGUCACUGCUGGCAAACAGAUAGUCGCCACACACAGCUAUCCCUGCAGGUCAAGUGGGUAGACACAAGUGGACGGAAGGAACGCGCCGAUACAGAUGCACAUACACCUCCCCCAUUGGAAGCUUACCGUGUGACAGCGCCAAAUCGCCAGCGAAGAGCUCAACUCGCUCUGUCACGUUAUUCCGCUGCACAGACAGACAGACAGACAGGGCAGAGACACAAUUCAUUGCAAAACGUGUCGCCACACCGCAUCCGAUGUCCGCUCCUGACCGACCAAGUCGUUAUCGUCGUCCCACAUGGCGAUGAUCUUGCCACUCCGCCUCCCUGUGCGAUCCACAACAAGUAAAGUUUCUCCACUCUUUGCAGACAUAUACAGACCACGCGGAUCGCUGCACACACCAACACAUUCACAAGAGAUCCAGGCCAAGACCGAUGCAUGUCCAAGUGCCAUGUGAUGCCUACACGAGGUCAAAGUUAAACAGGCACGCCUCGAAUCCUUUCGGCAUCUCCGCCUCGGGAUAUUUCAGACACCCGCGAACCGCAAGGUCUUCGAGCGCAAAGCCGGAGCUGGGCGUCGACAGCUGCGAUUGGACCCGGGCAACCAGCAAGGAGAACGCCACUAAACAGAGCCUCAU